ACUUGAAAAGAAGAAGAAAGGAGGCUUUAGUUUGAUUUUUCGUUUUUCCAGCGGUGUAACUGUGCGACGGUGCCUUACAGUGGAAUCCUUUGCCUGUCCUACAUCAGGAAAACUAACGCCAGAUUCCCCGGAUGUCAAAUACUGGAUAGGUAGGAUACACUGGCUAACACUGUGUGCAACUAAGUUACAUUUUUUUUCCGUUGUGCAUGUUUUAAUAUAUUUAUUUAUCAUAAGUGGCGUUUUUCGAACACGAACAUGGGGUAACUCCACUUUAUUGGCGUUUAUAGCGUCAGUUUUUACCUCAUUUUUCGCGCCGAUGUCCAGAGCACGAGAGGACUAUAUUCUUCAGGUGAAAUGCAUGCACUUUAAAUAAGAAAAGCAAUUGGAACGUAGGUACAGUUCUCGGCAAUGGACAGAGGGUCGGUGAUUGGGCUUCGUCUGUCCCUGAAGCAGAGGUAUUUUGUCCUGCUGUGUUUUGCUGUCGGGGCGGUUACCGCCUAUCAGUUCUCAAGAAAUCGCCUCGCAGUGAGAAGAAUGAGCCGCGCCGACGGUUUGAGCGCCAACGCCUCUCAGUUCACUCUGGGGGGGGAGCCCUUCCGCAUCCUGGGGGGCUCCAUCCACUACUUCCGUGUCCCCCGAGCCUACUGGGAGGACCGGCUGCUGAAGAUGAAGGCCUGUGGCCUCAACACCCUCACCACUUACGUGCCGUGGAACCUGCAUGAGCCCGAGCGAGGGGUCUUCAACUUUGAGGACCAGCUCGAUCUAGAAGCUUACCUCCGACUCGCGGGCCGCUUGGGCCUCUGGGUCAUCCUGCGCCCGGGGCCCUACAUCUGUGCCGAGUGGGAUUUAGGGGGACUGCCCAGCUGGCUGCUACGGGACCCACACAUGAAGCUGAGAACGACCUACCCGAGAUUCACAGAUGCAGUCGACUCCUUCUUCGAUCAACUCAUUAAGAGGGUCGUUCCGCAUCAGUACUCCGAGGGCGGCCCGAUUAUUGCAGUUCAAGUGGAGAAUGAGUACGGCUCCUACGCCAAAGAUGGAGCGUACAUGCCUUUUAUCAAGGAGGCGUUGUUGUCCAGGGGCGUCGCGGAGCUGCUGCUGACUUCAGACAACAAGGACGGACUAAAGCGUGGAGGAGUGAAAGGAGCACUAGAAACCAUCAAUUUCCAGAAACUGAACCUGGACGACAUCAAAUAUCUGGAUGGAAUACAACCUCACAAGCCUAAGAUGGUGAUGGAGUACUGGUCGGGCUGGUUUGAUCUCUGGGGGGACCUUCAUCACGUGUUCCCAGCUGAGGACAUGGUGCCUGUGGUCACAGAGAUCCUUAAUCUGGACAUGUCCAUCAACCUCUACAUGUUCCACGGGGGGACGAAUUUCGGCUUCAUGAGCGGAGCGUUUGCGGCCGGAAUGCCGGCGCCGAAGCCGAUGGUGACGAGCUACGAUUACGAUGCUCCGUUAUCCGAGGCUGGGGAUUACACCGCCAAGUACCAUCUUCUGAGGGACGUAUUCAGCCGCCUCCACGCCCAGCCGCUCCCCGAGCCGCCGACUCGUGGCGAGAGGAGAGCGUACCAGCCCGUUGUCAUCCAGCAACACCUGUCUCUGUGGGACAGCCUGCACUUCACUGACAAGCCUUUGAAGUCCGAGGGCCCGGUGAACAUGGAGAACCUCCCCGUCAACAACGGGAACGGCCAGUCCUACGGGUACACGCUGUACGAGACCCCCAUCGCCAGCGAGGGGACCCUCAACUCAAAGAACAGCGUCAGAGACCGAGCACUGGUUUUUGUGGACAAACAUUUUGUUGGUGUUUUGGAUUUUGAUACUCAAGAACUUGCGGUCCCUGAUGGAAAGGGAAAAAGAACUCUGAGUUUACUGGUGGAGAACUGUGGGAGAGUGAAUUAUGGAAACACCCUGGAUGAGCAGCGCAAAGGUCUUGUUGGGGAUAUCGAGUUCAACAAGCAGCCUCUCCGUGACUUCAUCAUUCGUAGUUUGGAAAUGAAGCCGGCUUUUGUGAACAGCAACCUUUUGCGUUCUCUUGAAGGAAACCGAAUAACUUCUAGUUUCCCUGGAUAUGCUCUGUGGGCGUACGAGAACAGAUGCGAUGUGCUCUCGUGUUUCAGCCUGUGCCGCUCAGCCCACUGGGCGUCGAUGCGUCAGCGGCCCACCUUCCCGGCUUUCUUCCAGGCCAAACUCUACGUGAGCGGCUCUCCCAAAGACACCUUCGUCAAACUGCCGGGCUGGAGCAAAGGUGUGGUGUUCAUCAACGGCCAGAAUCUGGGUCGCUAUUGGUCCAUCGGCCCUCAGCAGACUCUGUAUGUGCCGGGCCCCUGGCUUCACAGGGGGGACAACCAGGUCGUCGUGUUUGAGGAGCAGGAAACCGACGGCAGGAUUCAGUUCUCCGGCGGCGGCGAGUACGGCAUGAGCGUCGAUGUCCAGUGAGCGGGGAGGAGGGGGGGGGGGGGGGAAAAGAGCCGGCAGAGGAACCUGGAGACGCCGUCACGGGCAGGAGGUCCCUGUCUCGGACUCGGUGACCUUUUUCAUUGCGACAUUCUAUUUGGACCCCUUUUUUUGUUCCGUCUGACAACGACGUCGUUAGGGCCCCCCCCGAGUCUUUUAUUGUCACAAAGCGCUGUAAAAUCGCGUAAUUUACAAACUCUGCUCCGCGGAGAAGGGUUGUUAACAAUCGGGGCGGCCUGACCCCCCCCCCACCCCCCCACCUCCCCACCCCGUGUCAGUCAGAGGCAGCUCGUGAACUGCUUUCUUUGUGCUGCACACCUGCAGAGCCCGCUUGAUAGAAAGCUGCUUACUUUUCAAAUGUAGCCUCUUGUGAUCCCGCUGUGAACUCCUGCAGAGAAGUAAAGAUCAGAAGCCGUCUCUUUUUCUCUUUACGUGUGGGCGCCUGCAACACCGGCCUCCCCAUCACACCUAUUUGCUUUAGGGAAGGAUGCCAGAAGGUAGCAGGCGGCACUAUUCGAUGGUAUUUUGACAUAUGUCGAUAUGGAUAGAAGGACUAAAGCCUGGAAGUAAAAAAAAAAAUCUCCUUCAAGUUUCAAGUCUGCAGGGAUGUCACAGUACAGCGUGCCACGCAUCUGUAAAUAAAAGGAUUGUGGGUACGGCGUGCAGUAGAAGAGUCAUAAAAAUCGGCGUGAUAUAGUAUGUCAUCGGAUUGUCAUAAAAAGGUGUAAGUACAAAAUGCCAUAAAAUAGUCAUAACAAUCUCAUAUUAUAAUAAUCCAUUAAAAUCCCAUGAUCUAGUAUUCCAUCAUAGUGCCAGCAGAACGUUACGGCUGAAUGUCAGGAUGGAAUAUUCAAAGAGCAGAGACGUGUAUGAUUGACAAACAUAUUAUAGUCAUAGCCAUAGAAAUGUCCUAAUAAAUGCCACAGUGCAGUAUGUCAUAAAAAUGAGUAAUUACCCUUUGGCUUCAAUUCUGUUUUUUUUUUAUGUACUAUUCAAUUACUUUUUCAUUACUGGUUCUGAACUAUUAUACAACAACUUAUUCCAGCACACUAGUAGAACUUUUUAAUGGCUUUUUACAGGCUCUCUUUGAUUUAAUAUGCGUCGACUUUUUACACAUUGUACUGUGACUCGUCAUACUAUUGUAUAGUAUUUUUAACAUGAUAUGUUAUGCUUAUACUAUACUGUGACUUUUAUUCAUUCAGUAUGAGUGCUUGAUUAUUUUUGUUACAAUACUGUAACUUUUUCAUGAUUUUUAUUGAAAUAUUGUACCAUUCUGACUUGUUUUUAAUAUGCUAGUUUCAUGACUGCCUUCGACUUCUUAUGUGGCUUUUUUCAACAAACAAUAUUAUUAUUAUUUUGAUGA